AUCAAGAUGGUACGCUCCCUGAUCCUGUCCGGGGCGGCAGACUACGACGAUUUCUUCCAGUCGCUGCGCAUGUUGGAGUCUGCGUUUAUCCUGGUGGUCAAGGACUUGAGGUCGCAGGUCGUGCGCGAGGGCUGCAUCACCAUAGCGUACAUGUCCCAACAACUGGGCACCAAGUUUGACCACUUCGCCGAGGCUGUCUUGCCGUCCCUCAUCAACCUCAUUCCCAACAGUGCCAAGGUCAUGGCCACGUCAGGCACCGUCUGCAUUCGCUUCAUCAUGCAGUUUGUCCACACCAAUCGCCUCAUUCCAAUCGUCACCGCCAACUUGACGUCUAAGUCGAACAUCAUCAGAAGGUUCUCGUGUGAGUUUGUGAACCAGAUCCUUCACUCGUGGCCCACCCACAGUCUGGAGAAACACAUCGCUAUCCUACAGGACGCCAUCAAAAGGGGCAUCAGUGAUGCUGACUCGGAGGCUAGGGCACACUCCAGGAAACAUGGCCCGUCGACACUGAGGAAAACUCCCCAAAGAAUCAGUUCCUCCAAAAGUGACGCCGGUGAUGUCCGCAUCAUCACGCCCCGGGCCCGGGCCGCCUCCAGCAGCAGCAACUACAGCAACUACAGCAGCAACAGCAGCAGCAGCCGCUACUACAGCAGCCACCACCAGCACUACAACACCAUCGGCCACCCGGCCCGACAGCGCGCGGCGUCGUCAGUGGGCGGAGCCACCACUCCCCGAGGCCACGCCUCCUCCACCUCUGGCCCCGCCCCCGGGCCCUCCCCCUACAACAAUGGCUCCUCCUCCCUGGAGCCGCCCGGCCCACUGCCGCGCUCUGUCUCCGCCUCCGACAUAAACUCCUCCCUCCGGACCCCCAGACCACGCCCUACGCUGCUGUCGGCCGCGCGAAUGGCCAAAGGAUCCACCAACUCUCUGCUCAAGGGGAAGAACUAGGUCUUUUUCCUCGGGCUACGGAGCGACAGAGCCGGGUAGAACUAAAGAAAGUCUCCGAGAUGUUCACCAGAAUGUUCCAUGAUCCUCACAGCAAAGUGUACUCGGUGUUCCUGGACACCCUCAUCGAGCUGGUCUACCUGCAGUCGGCCGAUCUAGGAGACUGGCUGCACAUCCUACUGCCGCGGCUGCUCACCAAGGCGGGCAGCGAGAUGCUGGGCUCGGUUGCCAACAAGGUGCAGAAGGCUCUGGACGUGAUCCGCGAUUGCUUCCCUUACGACCAACAGUUCAACGUCCUGUCGAAGUUCAUCGUGGAUCAGUCACAGGGCCAUAAUCUCAGGGAUGGAGCAACCAGAAUUCUUCACAGCCACAUCCGGGCGGCCAACGAAGGAAUGGGAGACGUUCUCUCCCCUCGCAAUGUGGCCAGCCCGCAGGGUCAGAACAGGUCGCGACCCCCGUCAAGGUCAAGCCAAGGUCAUCCGGACGACUUUGAGACGGAGAACCUGAACCCGGAGGACAUCUUCAACUCCAUCAAGAAGACGUCGGCCGACAUACAGAGCCUGAGCAUCAGCAGCAAGCUGGACCCGUAUGAGGAGGUGAAGAAGAAACACGACUUCCCCUCCCAGGACUCGGGCAUACAGGACCUCCGCAUGGACAGUCCCGACGGAUUGGACCACAAGAGGGGAUUCUUCUCCUACGCUCAUAAAUCUGGUGCUGGCGGCCAGGGGCCGUCCCCGAGUGGUCCGAUGUCGGCCGGACCGUUCAGCAAGGCAGACACGGCGACGUCUAGCGAGGAGGUCGGCAAGAUUAUCUGUGACGUACUGGAGGAGUUGUCUAACCAUAAUGAGAGAGUGGAGCAGCGUAAGAACGCCAUGCAGUGUCUUCAGGGCCUGGUGGACAAAGGGGCCGUGUCUGAGAGUCAGCUGGAGGAACAUUUCAAGUCUUUGUUGUUGAUUCUUCUGGAGACACUGGGAGAUACCAAUGGGGACGUGAAGGUGAUGGCGCUGAAAUGUCUCCAGAAGAUGUUGCAGAAGUUCCCGCGCAGGUUUGAGGACUACGCGGAGCUGACCAUACUGAAGGUUCUGGAACUACACAAGGAUGACUCGUACAGAGAUGUCCCCUACGCGGCGUCAGAAGUGGAGGACACGCUGGUCCAGGCGCUCUCCCCCGAGCAGAACUUUCGCAUCCUGACCCCGAUCAUACAGACCAUGGAGUACCACAUCGCGUGCGGCGCCACGCAGAUGAUGACCAAGGUGGUAGAGAAGAUGCCCAAAGAGAUGCUGGAGACGUCACUUCCAAACCUCAUUCCUGGAUUGUUUAAGAUGAAACUGCUAAAUCUGUACAUCAAGAAACGGAAACUGGAGGACGCCAAACAAGCUCAGUGAGCCGGGGAACCCGAGAGUCGACGCGGUGGGACGAUAGGGUCAACGUUCUCCACGUCUCACGCAGCCCCCCCUCCUCGCAUCUCAUAAUCACCACCGUCACCUCACCAACAUUAUCACCCCUACACACUUACACACACACACACAUAUACCCACCCACACAUACCCUCACAAGUCUGCCAGCGCCGGGCAGCAGACAACGGUGUGUGUGUGUGUUUGCGUGCGUGGGUGUGUGUGUUUUGUCUCUCUGUCCUGUCGUCGAGUGCAGCUGACAGACCGCGGAGACUACGGCCAGCACGCUUUCCCAAGAUGACCACUUCAUUUCUCCGACUGAUUCGUACGAUUGGCUACUUUUAUGUGGAUUUGCUAUGGCUGUAUUCCAGCAAUUCUCUAUAUGGCUAUGUUCCCGCAUCUGAUUCGCCUACGUUUUGUGCCUAGGACGGACUGCUUUAUACGCGUAUAACCAGCUGUUUUGUGCUUUUGACGGGCUACACGGGGCUGCCAGGCCGGCGGUACGUUUGUGUGGUCAGCUGUGUUGUCGUUGUACGUAUAGAUGUCUGGCUACAUCGUGACCUCGACGAGAGAGAGAAAAGUAGGCCUACAACUACUUCCGGACGUCUGAAGGCUGAAGGUCCUGCUUGCUGUUUGUGAAAUCUGUGAGAGAUGUGUCUGCUUGGUGGGUGAGAUGUUUGUGGCUGCUACCACUCUUCCCCCUCCCCCCUCCCCCCUCCCCCGGAAGGAUCUCAGCGUAACGUGUAGGCCUAUAUGUGUGUGACCUAUGACCUUUAUGGAGACAGGCCCACCUCAAGGUCAAGUUAUGUGACUACUGAGUGAGGUGGAAGGAAGGAAGGAAGGAGCUGCUUCGAUCGUGUGUGUGUGUGGGGAGUGUGGAUGAGUUUGUGCUCGCGCCUCGUCCGUUGCUGUAGGGUCGGUGAUUCUUCCUGUGCUGUCCCGUGUGAUGAGACGGACAGACAGAUGUUGGUGCAGCAGUGUGUCGUGCUCGUCUGACGAUGCUGGAUAAAACCUGGUCACUCUGGGAUUGUUUGUCUUUCUUUUAAUUCUGCCAUUGUUUUUGCUUUGUUUUGUAGGCUACUCAUGGGAGGAGGGGGGCUCAGUAUAUAGGGCUCAGAGCGUAUGUUUGUGUAGGAUACAGCCCUAUAGAAAUACAACCUGUUAUUAUUAUUAUUAAAAUUAUUAUUAUUAUUAAUAUUAUUAUUAUAAUCAUUAUUAUUAUUACCUGCACAUACUGAGAGGGCUCUUAGAACUACAGAGACGUAAAGCACGUGUAAAACGGCCACUCACAGCAUCUGACGCAUCUAGAUAUGACCUUAGCAGUUGCGAGCGCCGUAAAACCCUUUACUACAUACAUACAUACAGAGAUGAAGAAUUUUCCUAUGUCGCCUGGUGGGAUUGGACUCUUGUCGAUGAAAUCAUCCCGCGGAAAAACUGCUUUUUUGGGACUGACUUUGUUCCUUGACAGGACAAAGACUUGUCUCCCUGUGUGUGGGGAGGGUGGUGGUGGUGAUCCCUGGUUUUGUCCUGGACGUACUGUUGUUCGUAGUACACACCCACACUGGCGUGUCCCUUUUUGUUUCCCUGUCCUGGCGACCCACGUGUUCUCUCACCGACUGACCCCGGCGUACGUAGGCCGUUACAGCGAGAAAAUGGCCACCAGGGUCUGUGUAAAGUGCUGUGUGAUAACUACUGGCCAAAAUGAGAAAUGGCGGAGAAAUGUGUUGGGGUCACAAAAGAGUCGCAGCAAGGAUAGAAUAAUCUACUUCCUGUUGCGCUGUGAGACGUAGCUUCCCCCAGAGUCUGCUGGGAAGUCGGUUCAGUUCAGUUUUUUCUUUUCCUUCCCCACACGCUGUUUUUGUUCAGUACAGCACGUCCUGUUGGCUGCCGAGCCCCACUGCCUGCCCGUGCCGCGAUAGUUGUUCAGUACAGCACAUCCUGUUUGUUGCCGAGCCCCACUGCCUGCCCGUGCCGCGAUAGUUGUCGCGUGCGUUGUUCCAGUUGUCUCCCCCUGUUGAUCUCGUACGGGGUCUUGUCUGGCUGCCUUGGAGUGCAUGCCGAAGCCUCUUACUCUUAAGAUAUCUCAUGAAAGAUUACGAGAUGUAUAUCGCCGGUGUCGGACUGGAACUGUGAAUCUACCAAAUGAGGUCAAGCACUUUGUGUACCUAAAAGUCCUGUUCUCAACCACUGGUAGAAUUGGUGACACCAGUAGGCCUGCUAUGGUCAGUACAGUCAGGCCGGAGGGCUACAACCCAGAUGGCUGCUGGAACGGAAAAGUCAAGUAGAGCUGGAUCAGUGUAAAGAAUCCUGUAGUAGAAAUUUUGAGCAGUGCU